GGGUAAUCAAGAAAUUGAUUAAAUAAUCUCGACCAGGUCAAAGUCGAGUAAGGUUUGACUGUGUGGUCAUAGCACAAGAAAGCACAUGUUGGAAAGGCACUAUUUAUGUAUGUCAAAUUGAAAAACUGAAAGUAAGAAUAUAUAUAUGCUUGUGAGACUUGGGAUAGCAAUAAUAUGCCAUGAGUUGGAUUUGAGUUUCAAGUUAAACUUAUCUUUUGUGUUAAUUUUGAAACCAGAAGUUUAACAAAAUGAGUUCUGCACCAGGAGCAGGUGCUGGGGGAUAUUUCUCCAUGAUAGAUUUUUUUGUUCUAUCAGCAGCAGGUGGUUUUGCUAUGUACUGGUUUUUCUUCAGGAACAAAAAGCAAGAUCAACCCACAUUCAAAAAGUUAACCGUUACACCUGUGGUAGAGAGAGGAAGCAGUUCAGGUUUUAUAAAUAAAAUGAAGAAUACAAAUCGUAAUGUGGUAGUAUUUUAUGGAUCACAGACUGGUACAGCUGAAGAAUUUGCUACACGUUUAGCUAAAGAUGCUACAAGAUAUGGUAUGAAAGGUAUGGUGGCUGAUCCAGAGGAAUGUGAUAUGGAAGACUUAUCACAGUUAACCGAAAUAGAAAAUUCGCUAGUUAUAUUUUGUUUAGCGACAUAUGGUGAAGGUGAUCCUACAGAUAAUGCCCAGGAAUUCUAUGAUUAUUUACAAGGUGGUGGAACCGAAUUAGAUGGAAUUAAAUAUGCUGUGUUUGCAUUAGGAAAUAAAACUUAUGAACAUUUUAAUGCUAUGGGAAAAUUUGUUGAUAAAAGAUUAGAAGAAUUAGGAGCCACUAGACUUAUUGAAGUGGGAUUAGGUGAUGAUGAUUCUAAUAUUGAAGAAGAUUUUGUAUCAUGGAGAGAAAAAUUUUGGCCAAUCGUUUGUGAACAUUUUGGUGUACAAGCUACUGGUGAUGACAGCAGUAUAAGACAAUAUUCUCUACAAGUUAAUGAAGAUUUACCUGCAGAAAAGAUUUACCAUGGUGAAAUCAGCAGAUUAGGUUCAUUUAAUCUACAAAAACCGCCAUAUGAUGCUAAGAAUCCAUUCCUGGCUCCUAUAAUUGCCAAUAGAGAAUUACAUAAGGGAGGUGAUCGAUCCUGUAUGCACAUAGAAUUAGAUAUCUCAGGAUCCAAAAUAAGAUAUGAAUCUGGAGACCAUGUUGCUGUUUAUCCAAUGAAUGAUCCAGAUAUUGUGGAGAGAAUUGGUAAACGACUUGAGACAGAUCUAGAUACAGUUAUUACACUUACUAAUGUUGAUGAAGAAGCAAGUAAGAAACAUCCAUUUCCUAACCCAACUAGUUAUCGUACAGCUUUAACGCAUUACUUAGACAUACAGAGUCCACCACGUACACAUAUUCUACGAGAACUGGCAGAAUAUGCGGAAGAUCCUAAAGAAAAGGAAUUCCUUAUGUCCAUGACAUCUUCUGAUGGAAAGGAUAAGUAUAACGAUUGGAUAGUAAAAGAUCACAGAAAUAUAUUGGCUAUUCUAGAUGAUUUAAAAUCUCUUAAACCACCUAUGGAUCAUAUUUGUGAAAUGUUACCAAGGUUACAGGCUCGUUAUUAUUCCAUUUCAUCUUCACCGAAGAUUCAUCCAACAAGCAUUCAUAUAACAGCCGUAUUAAUAUCAUACACAACAAGAACUGGGCGUUCGGUUAAAGGUGUGGCUACAAAAUGGCUGGCUGAUAAACCUAUCACAGACGGCAAAAAAUAUACUGUCCCUAUCUUUGUUAGAAAAUCUCAGUUCCGUCUUCCGUUUAAACCAAGUACACCUGUUUUAAUGAUUGGACCCGGAACUGGAUUAGCUCCCUUUAGAGGAUUCCUUCAAGAACGUGAUUUCCUGAAAAAAGAAGGUAAACCAGUAGGCGAAACUAUUCUAUAUUUCGGAUGUCGUUAUAAGGCACAAGAUUUUAUUUAUGAAGAUGAAAUCAAUCAGUACCUUAAAGAUGGAAGUUUGACCAAAUUACACAUUGCCUUUUCCCGGGACCAGAAAGAAAAAGUUUACGUACAACAUCUACUGAAUAAAAACAAGGAAGAAAUCUGGAGACUUUUAGAAAAUGGAGGCCAUAUUUAUGUUUGUGGGGAUGCUAGAAAUAUGGCACGAGAAGUACAUGAUAUGUUAGAGAGAAGUGUGAUAGAACAGGGUAAUCUUGAUGCUACUAAAGCUGCCGAGUACAUAAAAAAACUACAAUCAAAGGGACGCUACUCUUGUGAUGUAUGGAGUUGAGGAUUUAAUAAUUUUAGGAAUUUACAAAUUUUGUCAUUAUUCAACAAACAUACAUCAGAAAUAUUUCAUGUACAUCCAUUAAUUCAAUAUUUGAAAUCUGGUCUUCAUUGUUAAAUUUCCUAGAAGAUUAUUGUAAUUGAUUCCAUUUUUGUUCUUUUACUUCAAUUACGUAAAGAAGUUUUCUAAGUACGCUGCUGUUCUCCUGAAUUCAAUAUUUAUAUUUAUGUAGAUUUUUAAUAUGAACAGAAUUUAAACAAAUAUAUGACAGUUUAAGAAAAUUGUAUUCAGAAAUAUAUCAGCAGAAUGAUCAAACUUGUAAAAUGAAAUGGUGUUUAAUGUACUACUGUUGUACAGCAACCAGACUAAUGAAUACAUCUUGUACCUCUAUGUUGUAAAUGGCAUUAAUGUUUCACAUACAAUUGAAUGAUGGAACGAUAAUAUGUGAUACUGUUACUUAAGUCAUUAGUCUAUAAAGUAUUUAUAUUACAUGAAAGAUGAAGGUAUUUUUCAAUGUUCUAAGUCAACAAUUGUCCGUGUUAGAUAAUUGAAAUGACCUAAAUCCUACUUUGGGCAUCCUUCAUUUUACUGAAAACAAGAUAUCUCACAAGGCUAGCUCUAAUUCAGGAAGAUUUUCUUAUUAAUCUGCUUGGUGGUCAAAAGUUGUUCUAAGAAGGACAACUCUUGGCUUAGACCGUUGAAAAAUAUGUUCAUUCUUCAUGUAAUAUAUAUGCUUAUAGACUAAUGACUUAAUUAAUAUAGUCAAGAUUUGCUGACUAUUAUACACUGCUCAUUCAAAUACUGAUAACAUUUUGAAAUAUGUUUUAACAAGUUUAUUAUGAUUGACAUGUUUGAUAGAUUAUCCAAAGAUUAUGACAUUGUACAUAAAAUUGAUUAAGAAUUGUGUAAUAAUUUUAGUGUUGUAAAUGUUAAAGUCAUUAAUUGUUGUUGUAAUUGUGCAAUUUUGUGCUUUUAUAAAAAAGAAUAUUCUUUCAUAAAUCAAUAAUAAAAAUUAAUUUCAACUGAAAUUAGAUAUUUAUAAUCCACAUUUUAUGCGAAAUUAUCUGGUCGUGACGCUUGUUUGAUUGUCCAUAUGGAGUUAUUGCUCCUGUCACUGAUUCCUUCUACACACUCUACAUUCUACAAGUCUAAAAUUUUUGGAUUUUUAAUUUAAAUAUGCUGGGUUUCUCGAGGCAAAGAUGAACCCUAUUAAAUUUCACAGUCAUGCAUUGUUUGUACACAUUCAACAUCUGAGACUUUUUGAGGGGGAUUAUUUACUUCUUAACUGAGUAACAUCCUCUUGAUGCAAUCACUGCCUCACUUAAAAAAUUUGCUAGUGGGCUAAUUUUGAUUGCCUUGCAGCAUUGCAAUGUUUCAUCAUUUUUUAUAUUUUGGACAACGUGAUACAGUGUAAAUUAUAUGUACAGUUUUAUUUUUAAAGAUAAAAUUCGUAUAUGUAUGCAUUUUAAAGAUACUGAAAUAUUUAUAAAAUGCUAUAUUAUUAUUAGUCAUUCAUUAUUCAUUAUUUUUAGAAGGUUAUUAUGAUAAAGUUAAAUUGAUUAAACUUCAAACGAUUUAUUCCUUGUGUGCCUUGAAAUACUGUGAAUUACGAUAAAAUAAUGAAUUUAUACAUUCUAAUUGUAACCAUCAUUUUAAUGGUUUGGUUUUGAAUCCAUUAUCCUCAGGGGUCAUGGCUAAAACUAAGCUGCUAAAUAUUGUUAUUAUAAAAUGCACAUAAUAUACAGUUUGAGGUUAUUAUGUAUCCUCAAGUGCCAGAUUAAAAGGAUUCUUAUUAUAUUGUUAUAAUGUAAUAUUUAUACUGGGUCCAUUGAGAAUAUAUGUGUUUCUAAUCAUCAACAUAUUUAUUGGGUUUCUCACAAAGCUUUGCUGUAUCGAUUUCACUCUCCAUUUGUUUACAUAUUAAUAUUCCUUAAUUUUGUUAAAUAGAAAUCUGAUAUUUAUGUAGAGAUUAUAUAUAUGAUUGUUAAUGAAGUAUUGUAAUAGGUUUGUUAUUGUUCAGCACAUAUACAUGUAUAAAUAGUAUCACAAUGACAAGGACUUUCUGAUUACACUUAAAAUCAGUCAAUUUCUCUCUUCAGAGAGCUCUCUUCCGAGAGUGUUUUGGGUUGGGUUAAGAAUGCAUUCACUCAUUAAAUUUUGUUUUUUCCCACUACCUACCAUAUAGAAAUUAUUUUUGUACUACAGAGUACAGACAUAUAUAUAUAGUAUUUCAUUUACCUAUUGACAUUGUAUAUUGAACUUUACAUUAUAGUAAAUGUGAUCAAUAAACAUGUGUGCUCAGUGGUAGAUUCCAAAUACAAGGGAAAUAUAACUCUAUUUGUGGAGAUGGUUGGACCCUCUUAUCACCACAAAAAACUACCACAAUACAGAAAAACCUAUCUGCCAGUAAUGUAUUAUUUAUUAGAUUUUAAUUAUGUAUUUAAUUAUAAUAUAUAUGUAUGACACUAAGCAACUCCCCUGGUAUAAAGUUGGGUUUGUUGGCAUUUGUAUGCUAGGAUGACUGAAACAUUGCAAUGUCAAACAGUCGUGCUGUGUUUUGGCUUACUGCUCAAUAAAACAAAGUAAACAGUACACAAAUACAACACAGACAAUGGAACGAAGCCGUUAGCUACAAGACAAUACAACCAUUAAUCUCCUACAUGAGUUAUAUAUAUAUACUAUUCAAAAAAAGUAGGGGAUAUUUGAUUUUUAAGUGUUAUUAAAGUCACCUAAUGAAACUGACGAAGAAACAAAUGACAAAAUGAAAUGAAGUUCACAUUCAUCGAUUUAUUCCAAAUGAUCGUUAGACUAAGUAAGGCACAGACUGACCAUUAUAAGGGUAAAAUGAUACCCGGGGUCAAACAGCAAAGUUACCACAGCAUCACAACCAAGUCAGUAACGGGUAAAUCCUCCUCUGUUUGCCAAACAAGCAUUGAUCCGACGUGGCAUACUCCUAAUGAGACGUCUAAGGUCAUUUUGGUCCAGAUUGUCCCAUUCCUGUUGCAACGCAGCAGCAAGUUCUUGGACAUUGGCAGGACGUUGUUGACGUUGACGUAACCUCUGUCCAAGCAUGUCCCAGACAUGCUCGAUGGGGGAGAGGUCGGGACUCAGUGCUGGCCAAGGUAAUGUGGUGAUGUUCUGUUGUUGGAGGUAACCUGUAACGAUCCUGGCCCUGUGACAUCUUGCGUUGUCAUCCUGGAAGAUGAAACGACGUCCAUGACGUCGAGCGAACGGCACAACAUGGACUGCCAAGAUGUUGUCCCGGUAGUACUGGCCUGUAACACGCCCUGCAACAACAUGUAAAGCCGUUCUUCCAGCAACAGUGAUGCCUCCCCACACCAUAACAGAACCACCCCCAAAUCGAUCAUGUCUGAUGACGUUAACGUCUUGGAAGCGCUCGUUUCGACGACGCCACACCCUCCUACGUCUGUCCAAAAAAUCAACAGUGAACCUUGACUCAUCUGAAAACAUCACAUUGCUCCAGCGUCGAUUAUCCCAGUGUUGACGAUCCCUACACCAACGACGUCUUGCCUGAAUGUGAUGAUCUCUCAAACAAGGGAUCACGCGAGGACGUCGGGCGCGAAGGUGACCCCUAUGCAGUCGAUUCCGAAUCGUCUGGCCACUCACUCUCACACCAGUGUCUGUUUGAAGACGAGCGCUGAUCUGAUUUGCUGUGAUGACACGAUUUCUCAAGGCCAUGGUUUUGAUAAAUCGAUCCUGGGCUUGAGUUGUCGCCCUUGGUCGACCUGAGCGUGGUCUGUCCUGUACAGAUUGUGUAUCGUGGUAUCUGGACCAUAGCCUGCUUAUGACAGACUGAGAAACAUUCAUCGUCCGCGCCACAACCGCCUGUAUUGUGCCGAUCUGUAGCAUGCCAAGGGCACGUAACCUUUCAUUUUGGGUAAGCCGACGCAUAUCAAAAUUUGUUUUCUGGUCACUAAAACAAUUAAACUGAUGUUUCCACCCUGGAAUUCAAUGCCACAAUGACUGUAACAUUCAAAGUCAGAGUCGUGCAAAUCUUGGGUUGGACCCCCAUGAUGACCCCAAGCAUCACCUGCAUUCCAUGCGGUAGCUAUUGGUGCGUUUGGGCGUCACAUGUAACUGGAAAUGUUUCUUCUGUUAGGUUCUAUAGUGACUUUUUUCGUAGUCAUUUGCAUAUUUUAGUAUUAUGCCCCCAAAAUCAAAUAUCCCCUACUUUUUUUGAAUAGUAUAUAUUGAUUAUUUUAGUGAUAUAAAUAAGUGAUUUAAAUUCCUAGAGUAAUAAAUAUUUGUAAGCUGAACAAAUGUAUAACUAUUAUAUUAGUAUAUGUUAUUAUAAACACAACUAUGAAAUACAUGUAAGUUAUUUGUAAUAAAUCCUGUAACAACCA